AUGGAUCUUGCCUGCAGUGGCUUCACCGCCGUCAAUGUCGACUCCGAUUUUGAGCAACCCGAAGAUAUCCAUGAAUAUUUCUCUUUACAAGCACUGCCCAAUACCAAUAUUUGGCGCAAACCCUCCGCAACAGAUGAUACCACUGCGCCUAUGGUGUUGAAGCGCUUACAGCAGUCGUUUAUCCUUGCAGAAGUCACCGUCUCGGCCGAUUUUGCCAUGGAAUUUGACCAGGCUGGUCUAGUCAUCUUCGCCGGCUCACUACCAGAAGCGUCGGUGUCGCGAUCUCCCAGCAUCCGGAGAAGCCCUCGCUACCUCAGACCCAGAAUGGAAACGCUGGCCAGAGGGAGGUGGGCCAAAGCCGGUCUUGAAUUCACGGGAGGAGAACUCCACGCCGCAUCUGUGGUGGCCAUUUCCAGCUGCGGUGCCGACUGGUCAUCGUCAGCCCGAAUGCCCUCACCAUUGACCACAUUCGACCCGUUUUCGCUGACGUCGCAAUCGCUUCGCGUGAAGUUCGAACGAGUCGACGAGUCUCUGUGGAUCUGGUACCAAAUACCCAACCUCGGCCCGCAGCCAUCUGAUUGCCACCAGUCACCCGGUCUCGACCCCGGACGGCGAAGUCCGGAAGAUGUAGGAUCGGGUUGGAAGAAAAUGCGGGAGAUUAUGGGAUUCUUUUGCGGGAGGGAGGACAAGGGAAACGUCUGGGUCGGCUGUUAUGCAAGCCGACCGAUGAAUUUUGAGCCUAGUAAUAGUUGGGAGGAGGUGGAUGCCUUGGUCGCCGAGUUUGAGGACUUGGAUGUUUUAUGA